ACAAAUUAUUGAAACGGUUGGGACAGCGAGAGCGCUAUCGGCAACAACAGCAAACGUAGGAGCAGAAGAAACACACAUUGUACCUUCGAUCUCUCCCAUUCGUUUUCCAACAACGCGAUCUGAAGAGGAACUUGGAACCAUGAGUUUUGUUUUUCGAGGGAGUAGAGCAGAUCUUGAAAGUGGAUUUCCAGGAUAUAUUCCUGAACCACCUGCAGUGCGUAUUCAUACAACUCGGCCAGUUAAUACUAAUUCACUUGCUUUUCUUGUCACAGUUAUUUUGCUUUUCAUGAUUCUGAAUUCUCAUCAGAUGUCACCAAACUUUUUGCUCUGGGUAGUUGUGGGUGUCUUUUUGAUGGCCACAAGCCUUAGGAUGUAUGCAACUUGUCAACAACUUCAAGCACAGGCACGGGCUCAUGCUGCAGCAGCAAGUGGCUUGCUUGCUCAUACUGAACUGCGACUGCACAUGCCACCAUCAAUGGCGUUGGCAACAAGAGGACGAUUACAAGGACUGAGACUCCAGCUUGCACUUCUUGACCGUGAGUUUGAUGACCUAGAUUAUGAUACUCUCAGGGCAUUGGACUCUGAUAAUACUUCCACCACUCCUUCAAUGAGCGAGGAACAGAUAAAUGCUUUACCUGUUCACAAGUAUAGGGUUGCUGGCUCAAAGAAUGGCAGCUCAUCCCCGCAACAGGAGUCAUCUUCUUCAGGCCCAGCUGAGACUAAGCAAGACUGUAGAAAGGCAGACGGGAGCAUAAAGGGCCCAGAAGAUGAACUGACAUGCAGCAUUUGCUUGGAGCAAGUUAAUAAGGGGGAGCUUGUUCGUAGCUUGCCAUGUUUGCAUCAGUUUCAUGCCAAUUGCAUUGAUCCAUGGCUGCGGCAACAAGGCACAUGCCCUGUUUGUAAAUUCAGGGCAGGAUCCGGAUGGCAGGAUAGCAGGGAGAGUGAAUCAGAUGGCUCAGACAUCGUUUAAUGACUUUUGUUAAGUAAUCCAUCUGUAAAUGCAUUACAUAUUUGUGUAUAAUCUUCUGGAUUGGCCUUUUCCUUAUUUGGGCAUCUAUUUUUUACCCAAAAUAACAAAGGUUACCAAGCUCC